AUGAAGUUCUUCACCUCCCUUCUGGCCGUCGCCUGCUCCGUCGCGCCUCUUUGCGCCGCUCUUCCCCAGGCCAGACAGACCAGCUGGCCCAAUGGCCCGCUUGUGACGAACGGUCGCUGGGCGGUGGAUGCCGCUGGCAACCACAUCCAGUUCGCCGGCACCAACUGGCCCGGCCACGGCGAGGUCAUGGUCCCAGAGGGUCUACAGUUCCUCUCCGUCGAGGGUGUCGUGUCUAAGAUCAAGAGCAUCGGCAUGAACGCCAUCCGUCUGACCUACGCCAUUGAGCUCGUCGAUCAGAUCUACGCCAACGAUGGCAAGGACAUUGACAUCAAGACGGCUUUCAUCAACGGCCUCGGUGAGACCAACGGCACCGCCGUCCUCGCUCAGGUUCUGGCCAAUAACCCUUCCUUCACGGAGGCGACCACCCGUCUCGAGGUGUACGAUGCCAUUGCUGCCGAAUGCGCUAAGCAGGAAGUCUACAUCCUCCUCGAUAACCACAUGUCCACCGGCAAGUGGUGCUGCUCUGGAAACGACGGCAACACUUGGUGGGGAGACCGCGAGUUCGAUGCCGCCAAAUGGGUGCGCGGCCUGACCUACAUGGCCAACCAUGGAAAAUCGUGGACUGCUCUCGUCGCCAUGUCUCUCCGCAACGAGCUUCGCGAGGCCACGGAUAACGCCGAGCUGGUUGCUGCUUCGUACAACUGGCAGGAUUGGUACAAGUACAUCCAGGAGGGCACCAACGCCAUCAACGGCGCCAACCCUGGCCUUCUCAUCUUCCUCUCUGGCCUCAACUACGACACUACCGUCGCACCCGUCUUCCGCGGUACUGCGCUGACACCCGGUAACGGCACGUUCCAGCUCUCUGACUUCGAGGGCUACGCCGACAAGCUCGUUCUCGAGAUCCACAACUACGAGGGCUCCAUCGGCAGCUGCGCGAGCUUGAGCAACAACCUGUACACCAAGGGCUUCCAGGCCAUGAAUGCAUCGGACCCUGUGACGGUCAAUGUCUUCCCCGUGGCGCUGACCGAGUUUGGCUUCAACAUGAACGACAACACAUACCUCAACACGUACUCGACGUGCCUGGCAUCCUACUUGCCCCAGAUCCAGGGCAGCUUCUUCAUCUGGGUUCUGGUGGGUAGCUACUACAUCCGCCAGGGAACGCAAAACUUUGAGGAGUCGUGGGGUCUGUUGAACGCGGACUGGUCUGAGUGGAGAAACCCCAACUAUGUUGAGCAGCAGCUGAAGCCCAUGGUUGCUGCCGCUGUCAUCACGCCAUUUGCAUUGCGAAACCGCCCGAUCAACAACCAGAAUGGUAGUCUGCAAGUUCUACGAGCAGGGGAACUGCAGGUACGGACGUACGUCACUCGCUGUGCACCCAUCAUUAUCCCGAGGGGUCUCGAUCGCAAACUCGGAUCGAAGAGGCUAAUACGUGAUAUCGCAGAGAAUUGCCGAUUCGAGCACCCACGGUCGCAAAAUAACAACCGUUUUGCAGCCUUUGGCCAAAACACAGGAGGAUUCAAUCGAGGCGGCAACAACAAUGAUGGGCUUCCAUAUGCGCUAUCAAAGGAGACCAUUGAGAAAGACCUGACGUCGGAAGCGCCACAAUGGAUCUUGUCCGCUUAUGGCCCCGGCAGGGACGCUCCGGAACAGCUCUUCGGAGGCAACUUGCGCGAGCAGAGUUUUGAGGAAAUGAGACUCGUUCACAUGAUGGCGGAAGCUUCUGGAAAUCCCCAGCAAGCGCUCAAUCAAGCACAAGAGCUAUACCAGCAAGCCCAACAACAAAUGAAGACGGCGGUGGGCAACCUUGACGGAGCUAUUCAAUUCAUCAUUUCUGCCGAGCAAACGCACCCCAACAGGAUAGACAUUUGCAAGCAAGGCACAUCGCCAGGCGGGACUACAGGGGAGUUUGCGGUUGGAAGACGGGGCGGCGCUUCUUCACAGCAGAACCCUUUUUCGUCAAAUUCGAACACAGCGACGUCAAACCCAUUCUCCUCUAACAACACCAACACGACUUCUGCCUUUGGCGGCGGCGGUGGAACUUCAACAGGGAGCGCCUUUGGCCAGACUGCGACCCUGGGGCAACGUGCGAAUCCCUUUGGCGCGCCAGCUUUUGGUCAAACAUCGCAGCCAUCGCAACCGACUUCAGCAUUCGGGCAACCAUCACAACCUACGUCGGCGUUCGGUGCCACGAGUAGCUCCGCCCCAGCCUUUGGGCAAACAUCGCAACCUACAUCCGCUUUUGGACAACCCAGCGCGCUGGGAGGUGGCACAUCGGCUUUUGGCCAGGCCUCAGCCCUCGGUCAGAAGCCCAAUCCCUUCGGCGCGCCUGCGUUUGGGCAGCCGGCACAACCAGCAGCGGCAUCAGGGGGCAGUGCCUUCGGCCAACCAUCUCAACUUGGCGGAGGCGGCAGCGCUUUUGGCCAAGCAAGUGCUCUUGGGCAGAAGCCGAACCCCUUUGGAGGCGCGACGAGCGGUGCCAGCCCGUUUGCCAGCGCCGGCAGCAACAAUACAUCCAGUCCAUUUGGUCAGGCUUCGCAGAACACGGCCAGUCCUAGCCCCUUUGGACAGCCCGCGCAGAAUACGACACAGAAUGCCAACCCUUUCGGGGCUCCCGCCCAGACGAACCCAAGUCCGUUUGGUCAGCCAGUACAGCCUGCGACAACAAGUGCAUUCGGACAACCGGCUCAGACUGCAUCUUCCAGUCCCUUCGGUCAGCCUUCUCAAGCGCAGCCGGCGGCGACCAAUCCCUUUGGAGCGAAAACCGAUGCGCAGCCCAGCACCUUCGGUCAACCGGCGGCGACUGCUCAGCCUACGCAGCCUGCCAGCGGAUUCGGACAACCAGCUCAGCUUGGCCAGAAGACGAACCCCUUUGGACAGAACAAUGCGUCCCCGUUUGGCCAGCCGUCCGGUGGCCUCGGAGCAGGCGGAUCGGCGCCAAACCCAUUUGGAGGGCAGACCGCUGCACCAGCUCCGCCCACCGCGCAACAAGCGGCGGCGCCUGGGAGCGGGCCGUACCCGCCGGGGAGCUCGAGGCAGCAUCCACCAGUGUCGAGCUACAGCUCCAAGGACAUGAACGGGCGGUUAUCCAAUUGGAAGGGCAAGCCCGUCACCUACCAAGGCAAUCUGCCUGGCAUUCGAGCCUUCAACGGCGCGUGGACGAGGAUAUGGUUCCCGGAUGGUCCGCCAAAUUAUUACAAGGACACUGAGCUACCCGACGAGUUAUAUGAUGACAAGUCGAAGCAGCAGUGGCAGUCGUUUACGCAGACUGGCAAGUUUGAGGGUCUUAUGCCCGAGUUGCCUCCUAAGAGAGAGUUCUGUCUUUGGGAUUUGUAA